CAUCUUCGACCACGCAACAGAACCAGUUGGUCGCAAUGUUCUCUUCACGACGCAGUUACUUGUGGUGCUGGAGCUGUGUGUUGCUCAUCGGUUCCGUGCUAGGCGUUCCCGUUCCCGAAGAAUCGACCAUCGACACACCGUGCACCACACCGGACGGUCUGGUUGGUGCGUGCGUUCCGGUACGGCACUGUAAACACGUCCGGUAUCUGAUAAGGCGCAAGACGCAGCACAACUACCGAGACACCGUGUGGCUCGAGAACCUCGAGUGCCGUGGAGCGCCAGGUGUGCCUAGUCAGCACCAAUCAUUGAUCUGCUGUCCGCGGUUAACGAAUGAUCCCAUGUGUGGUGGUGGUACGGAGUUCGGUAGCCGUAUCUACGGUGGUACCGAGAGUGAGAUUGGUGAGUAUCCGUGGUUGGCGCUGUUGCGGUUCCAGGAGCGGAAUGGCAGGCUAACCGUCAAUUGUGCCGGCUCGUUGAUCGGGCCACGGUUCGUGCUGUCGGCGGUUCACUGUUUUCGGUCGCGUGCCGGCAAACCGAAGCAACUCAAGUACGUGCGACUGGGCGAAUGGAACUUCCAGAAUCAUCGCGGAAGGUCAAAUUGUCGAAAGUUGGACGACGGUGGCGAAGGUCGUGAGGUAUGCCGGAAGGACUAUGGCGUCACGCGCGUUGCCCUCUAUCCCGAGUACGCGGUUAAUGCGGCCGCUCACCUGCACGACAUUGCCCUUAUCGAGCUGGCGGAGACGGUGGAGUAUAGCGAGUACAUUGCACCGAUCUGCUUACCACUGCUGGAGUCGCCGGAGUCGGUGCGUUCCCUUCCUGUCGAGUAUACGGCUGCUGGAUGGGGUGCAACACUUGAAUCGGACGGUAUGACGCCCGUGCUGCAGGCAGUUCACUUGCUGCCCUUUGACAAGGAACGGUGCAGGAAAGUGUACCCGGUACCGAAUUCUCACGGUAUCGGUGAUGGGCACAUCUGUGCGGGAGGGGCCCGUGGUCAGGAUACGUGUGACGGAGAUUCGGGUGGUCCGUUGAUGCAACGCAUCGAGGGAGUGGUCUACCUGGUCGGUAUCACUAGCUUCGGAUGGCCAGAAUGUGGACGCGAAGGUAAACCGGGCGUCUACACGAACGUCACGCACUAUCUCCAUUGGGUAGCGUAUGAGGUGUUGCUCGGGUCUCGGUUGAGGGUGGUGAGCGAGAUGGAUGAAAAUGAGGCACUGUGGGUGGUGUGAACGGUGGGUGGAGGGGGUGUGGUUUUGCGUAGCUUGCCAGCUCCGAUCAAUGCUAUGGUUUGUAGCGGUUGUUAACAAGAACCAUGUUAUUGUAACUAAGGCCCAUUGGUUUGAGCAUUGCAUCUAGAAGCCAUUGCUUC